CCUCAGUUUGGGAGGCCCUAAGCAGCAGAUCAAGCAAGCCUGGGAGUGAGGCUUGGAUCCUGCCUCACCCACCCCACUCCUCCAAAAAGGGAGGCACUGUUUUGCAAAAAUGUUUGAAGACUCUGACCCCCGGCAUGAGCUCUGGGACACGGAGGAAGAAGAAGAAGAGGAGGAGGAGAGUGACUCCAGCUCAGAUGGAAGCCAGGAGUCCAGUGGGGAUGGUGAUGAAGGCCAGGGGUUUGGGGCAGGGGGUCAGGAUCCGGCUUCUUGCCUUCCACUGCAGUGGGCCUCCCUGGGAUCCCAGAGCUGCCGCCGAUGGCUUUUUGCCCCGUACCCCUUCCAGGACCGAAGUUCCACAGGGCCCACCAGCUGCAAUGGAACGGGCAUCAGGCCUUGCGGAAGAGAGACCCCACCUAGGGAUCAACCCCCCUCUUGCUGGGUGCACGAUAUAAAAGCCAUAUGCACAAGGAACUGGCCUACACAGCAGGCUACCUUGGGAUGCUCCCGAACCCUUUCCCAUCCUUCCUUCCAGUCGUUUUACUCUGCCGUCUCCACUUGCGACCGCUCCAGUCUGCCUUCGCUUGGAGGCUGUGCUCCACCCUUGGGAUCUGAGCCCAAAGCAGAGCCUCUUCCCCUUGUUGACGGGAGCAGUUUCUUCUACAUCGACCCAAUGAUGCCACCAGGACAUCGGAUUUACAACUGGCUCUCAAACCCCUCCCAGCAAGUCUUCCGCCGCUUGUCCCUCGACACCCCGGCUCCCAUCAUGUCCAUCCGUGAAGCUUCUCCCCCUCGCAAGGCAUGUGCCAGGAGCCAGUGGUUCUCAGAUCUGGAGUGCGAGGCGGUCUGUGCUCUCCUGGAGCUGCCCGAUGGCACGAGCCACGACCCUGGAGGAUGCCAGCCCUCCCCUCCUCUGCCCUGUGAAGUGAAGGGGGAGGGAGGAGGAGAGAGAGAUGCCCUGCCAGAACUGUGUCUGUAGGCUGCGGGCAGAGCCCUCCUCCAGGGGACGAGGACUGCAGUGCCUUGCAUGUGUGAAGGCCAGACUCCUUGUCUGUGCCACAGAGACCUGACUCUCAAUGGGAGGGUUUUGACAGUGGGUUGGGGCAUCUGCAUGUCCUCCUGGGUUGCUGAAGGGCUCGCUUGCUGGGAAACGCUCUAGUCUGGAGGCCAAAAUGGCCCAGCCAGCUUGGUUGGCGGGAGGGGCAGGGAGAGGCGGAGGAGAAAUUCACUUGCUGAUGUCUUUUUGUAACCCCCGAAACCAGCCUUCUCCACCUGGAGCCCUCCAGAUGUUUGGGAUGACACUUCCCAUCAGCCCCGGCCAGCUUGGCCGUAGGGUGCAGGGGUUGAUGUGAGCUGUAGUCCAAAACAUCUGGGGGGGGGCAGGGAGAGGCUGCCGAAAGGGAAAGCAAGGAGAGUCCAUUUUGGGGAGGGGGGGAACAGGGUCCCUGGGUGCUUGUUCUUUUUGGUGAGUGGUGGCCUGUUGGUUUAAGAAGAGAGCACGUUCUCUUGUCUCCACUGCCCCAGUUAUCCCUGCUAGAAAUGGGGUGUCUUUUGCUGGUCGGGGUGCGGGUGGGAGGUUAUUUCAGCAGAGAAGGGUUGUUCUGUGUCCAUGUUUCUUUCCGUUUAUUGUGAUUUUUUCCCCUGUUCCCAUAACUUUGGGAUUGUGUCUUUCUUGUGGGGAAUAAAGUUCAGUUGACUGGUUUGUUGUGCUUUUAAACUUACUUUUUAAAAGUGUUUGAGGCUUAAAAGUAUCUUAAUCUCC